CUCUUCUUGGCAGAGUCCUGGGCAAUAUUGGGCGCUGCUUGGCUAUUGUAUUCAUUCCCAUCGCAGCGCAGAUGCCUGCGGCCCUGUGUCUUUACUGGACGACAAGCGCCGUCUUUACACUUGCACAGAAUCUGGUCUUGAACCAGAUAUGGCCCGUCGAUAGAUAGCGUAGUACGAUCGUAGGUGACAUCAAAACGCGACGACAUUUUUUUGUGUCAAUAAUCAACGAUCCUCCCUGCAAUGAAGGAUGUCGUCUGAUUGGAUCUUCGAUCAGCCGCCGCCAGCGCCGCAGGUCGAUGCAAGUGCCAGAUCUGCGUUACCAAAUCGUGGCAGAGGGCGGGGACGCGGACGAGGACGAGGCGGCCGUGGAGCAGGUCAUACAUCGCAAGGCUCGGGGCUAGGCAGGCUGCCUCCUGCUUGGGCGCCGUCACUCAGUCCCGCAGCUGUGGGAUCUGCUGCCGCCAUCUCCAAGUACUAUCCGGCUGCGCCAGUGACGACGACGCCAGAGCAGCUACUUGCAUCACUCGAACCAAAGCGUCACGCGCAAGGACAUGCGUCAGAAGUCGCUGCAUUGCCCAGUACAUCGGUGCAGCACACUGCUUCAGUCAAUACGCCUGCUCCUCGUCUAGCUAUCAGCAAGAGCGCAGCAGUCAUUGCACCCUCAGGCGCCCGCAUCUCGCUCGACACGCCCGAAGAGCUUGCUGCAUGGAUCGCUGAGCGUAAACGAAGGUGGCCAUCCGAUGCAAAUGUACAAGCAAAGCGUGCACUUGAGCAGUCUAGGGAUAACGGACAGGCUCUGCAGCCGCCAAGCAAAAGGCAAAAGGUGAAGCCCAGUUCAGUCGAUGCAGCUCUGGUAGGGUUGGCAGAUGUUGAAGAGGGUGAAGCAGGCUCAGCCAAGGCAUCCAGCGACGAGAGUAGCGACGAUACCAGUGACAGCAGCAGCGACAGUAAUAGCAGCAGCGAUGAUAACAGUAACGAAAGUGGGCCUGAGACCCUGUCUGUUACUGUUCCCGCUAUACCUGAACGAGCUCAAGCACGUCCGUUGUGCAAGUACUUUCAGCGUGGACGCUGCUCACGCGGUGCCGACUGCCUCUUCUCGCAUGAUGCUCAUGCCAAAGCGAAGCAAGACGAGAUGAGGCGUCAGAGGCAGGAGCAACAGCAGCUACGCGGUGCUGGAGGAAAAGGCCAACGUCCUGGACAUGCUGGCAAGCAGGAUGCAUACAAAUGGCGCACACGAAAGCCGCUGAUUGAGCUGCUGAUGGAGCGCGAGCAGGCGGAAGAGGCACCGGCAGAUGUAGCUGUAGCUGGACCUCAGGGAUGAAGGGUGGAAAUAGCCUGCGUACACUCGCGCUAUGAAGAUUUGAACCACUGCUUGGCACUCUCGCUCCACUCCGUCACCUUCUCUCCUGCCACGCCAGUCAUCUGCGUGACGCCUUUGCUUGUUGCAUCCCAUAGCUCAGUUGCCUUUUCUGCAGCGGUCUUGUCUGUUCCAUCGUCGUAGUCUGUGCCGCCGCCGUCGUGGACUGCGCUCUGCCUGUAGCCUGAUGGAUGCUCAUGUGCUUGUUGGAUAGGUGCGACAGGCUGGAUGAACUGCUGCUGCAGUGGCUGUUAUGCUGGUUGUUGUACUGGCUGUGGUCU